ACCAUAAAAAAAUUAGAAUCUACUAUUAAAAAAUGAGGACACGGAUUUUGCUUACGAAAUUAAAUAUAUUAACAGCGAAACUUUGGAAGUCCAAGAAAAAAUGAUCGAAAUUGUAUAUAGCAAUGAUGAAGCUUUGGAAGUUAAAGAAGAAAUUUUCGAAGAUCAGGAGACUACAAGGCGAAAUUAUAACCAACAAGAUGAGUCGAACUGUUGUACCAUAGAUGUAAACGAAACGGAAACACAACCCGAGAAGACGUACAAAUGCAAAAAGUGUGCCCGAAACUAUAAAUGGAAAAAGACUUUAAUCCACCAUCAAAAAUUCGAAUGUUAUAUGGGACCACAAUUCAGUUGCAAAUUUUGCGGCCAAAGAUUUAAAGAGAAUAGAAGCCUGAAGACCCAUAUAGAUCGGGUGAAUCACAAGAUAAGCUCAAAUAGAUCGAUAUUAAAGCACAAAUGCGACAGAUGUCUUCGAAGUUACAAUUGGUUUUAUGAUUUGACUCGACAUAAACGUUUUAAGCACGCAGCAGUCAUGCCGCAAUUGUCUUGCAAUUUUUGCGAAUAUAAAUCGAAUCGAAAAGCUACCUUGUCAGGACAUAUUACUAAACGCCAUUUAAACUUAUAUUAUCUUUAAACCGUUAUACUAAAUGCUUGUAUAUAUU